GGAGCCUGAGGCCCUGAGGCCGGGCGGUCCCGGGUACUGGGCGUGGCUUCGGGGGUUACUGGCCCCGCGCUGUGCACUCGGGAAGCUCUGCGGGCUGCGGACACGCGCUUCGCAGACGGCUGAGGAGUCGUAGGUGCGGUGUAGAGGAGGAGGCCGCCGGGAGCCUGGGCCUGGUCCGAGCCAUGGCGCCCCCGGUGGCGGAAGGCGCGCUCCCGGCCUGGGUGGCGGUGCUGGGCUGCGGCCUGACGCUGUGCUGCCUGGGCGGCGCGGGCCCGCUGUGGAGCAGCCAUGAGUGGAGAAAACUGAUUUUGACCCAGCACUGGCCUCCAACAGUGUGCAAGGAGGUUGAUAGCUGUCGAGACACUCUUGAUUACUGGACAAUACAUGGACUAUGGCCUGAUAGAGCAGAAGAAUGUAACCGAUCGUGGCACUUUAAUUUAGACGAGAUUAAGGACCUUUUGCGGGAUAUGAAGAUAUACUGGCCUGAUGUAAUUCACCCAUCUUCUAAUCGCAGCCAAUUCUGGAAGCAUGAGUGGGAGAAGCAUGGCACCUGUGCUGCCCAGGUAGACGCUCUCAAUUCUGAGAAGAAGUACUUCGGGAAGAGCCUGGAUCUCUACAAGCAGCUUGACCUCAACAGUGUACUCCUAAAAUUUGGGAUCAAGCCAUCUAUCAAUUACUACCAGCUUGCAGAUUUCAAAGAUGCCCUCACCAGAAUCUAUGGCGUGGUGCCUAAAAUCCAGUGUCUUCUGCCAGAACAGGGAGAGGACGUGCAAACCAUCGGUCAGAUAGAGCUGUGCUUCACCAAAGAGGGCUUCCAUUUGAGAAAUUGCACUGAGCCAGGUGAGCAGCUUCCCUACAAGCAGGAAGCAUGGCUUGCCGAGGGGGCGUCCACAGAGGGGUUGAUGGUCUGUGAAGAUGGCCCACUCUUCUACCCUCCACCUACAAAGACCCAACGUUGAUGGCCACGUUUUGGAAAUAUUUUGUGUUUCACAAGCAAGCAAAAUUCACAAAUCAUGUUUCUAAAAACUGAUGACAAAUGUUUCUUAAAAUGUGUUUGGCUUUUUUUCUUGUGUGUUCAUGAGUUGGUUUUUGUCCCCUCCAAUCAGUAGGUACUGCUUUAGGCUGCUUUCCCUGACAGCUCACUGCCACAGGCAGUUAGUGUCAGGCCUUAUUUCUUACUAGAAAAUGGCCAGAUAUUGUAUUGCUAAUAAGAACUUGUAAUUGUGAGUAUAGCCCAAGACAGUGAUCCAUCGCUACAGAGCACAUUUUUGAACCUUCUAGAGGGCUUUAGUGUAGCUUUUGUGUUGUGUGGACUACUGCAUCAGGCUCAUGACCUGCAGUGACAGUCUCACCUGUGAAGUGAGGAUGGUGGUGGUCUCUGGAGGGUAUCCUUCUGAGGUGUGCCUUCAUUAAAACUGCCUUCUGCUUCUAGAAACUA